AUGUCGACGAAGCAGUACAAGCAAGCGGGCGAGGAUGUAUGGAAGAACCGGACGGAGAAGAUUAAUGCGGAGCUCUUCACAUUGACAUAUGGAGCACUGGUGAUCCAGCUGAUCAAGGAUUACGAGGACUACACAGAAGUCAACAAGCAGCUCGAAAAGAUGGGAUACAACAUCGGCACUCGAUUGAUAGAAGACUUUCUUGCGCGAACCAACCUUUCGAAAUGCUCCGACUUCCGCGAGGUAGGCGAAGUUGUCAGCAAAGUCGGGUUCAAGAUGUUCCUCAACAUCACACCGAAUGUGAUUCACCAUCAGCAAGACGACGGUGCCUCUUCAUCAGCAACAGGAUCAGCAGCUACGACAGCACAAGGAGCAACCUCAGGGCAGGGAUGGGGAGCAACUUGGAUCGGAACAAGAGAGUUCAGUUUGAUCUUGGACGAAAACCCAUUGGCCGAGUUUGUUGAGUUACCUCGAGAUGCAAGAGCAGGUGGGUUAUGGUUCAGCAACGUACUUGCCGGUGUGCUGCGAGGCGCACUCGAGAUGGUCCAGAUGCAAACCGAAUGCUACUUUGUAGCGGAUACGCUCAGAGGAGACGAAACGACAGAGCUGCGCGUCCGACUAAUCAAGCAUCUCGACGAAGAGGCUCCUAUCGCAGACGACUGA